GAUUUCUCCACGUUCCUUAGCCUCUUCGUUAGGGCUACACAUGAAUAUUUUGCACAAUCAUCAUCUUGACCCGAACCUAUCUAUGUACUCCUCAAGGCUUCUUGCAGAGUCUCUAGCAACCCUUGGGCGUUUCAUAUUCCUUUGAUGAACAUAUCACAUUCGCUCAGAAGGGUCUAAUCAAUUACACCACCAGUUCCUGUAUGCAUUACAGCUUUAUCGACAAGUAAUCGUCUGUUUGGACCUGUCCCCAAAAAGAAUUCGUCAUUCCGAGCAUCGUGUUGCGGUUAUUUGGCCCUAGUAGCCGGGCUUGUUGGGAAACGAUUCCCUGCUCUCGAACACUUGGUUUGGUUUGGUAGCCCAGACUUACCCUAGAUUUCAAGAUGGAGUCAAAUAGCAGUAUGAAGGAUUUAGAUCCUAGGAUUCUCCAGAAUAUGUCUGUGUAUGAUCUUGAGAUCAAAAUCCAUGACAGCAUUCACGCCAAUGUCCCUCGAUCCGAAAUUUUCGACGCUCUCAUGACGUGGCUCAACGAACAAAUUAAACAAGAUAUCAUCACUCAAACCGAAGAAAUCAUACAUCAUUUUGUUAGAGUGCUACACAUGCGUAACUAUGCAAGGUUCUCUGCUUUUACUUUACAGCAAGUGGAUGAGGUUUUCAUGAGAUGGCUCGAACACGACGCCAUCGAUAACCCAGCCUACACCCGCCGGUAUCUAAUCACACAGCAGGAUGUGCAUCGCCUUUUUGCUCAUGAGAGACAGUAUGCAUGGGAUCCCGACUCCAAACCGAAAGAGGACCAUUUACCCGUACUUUCGAGCAGGAAGAAGGGUAAAAAGACGAGAGUCAAGAAGUAUGACAACCUUCUACACGAUCUAGAUGUUAAUAAGUCAGAAAAUGCCCCCCAGUCAUAUACACCUCUAGCAGGCAUUGAGACAGCUGAGAUUGAAGUAAGCCAAUCUAAAGGUUUCAAGCACACCAAAGUGGUUUCUGCUCGAAAGUCAAGUGUUACAUUUUCCCAGUGUGCCGAAGCAGGUGGUUCAAUCAACACCCGAGACACAAUUCCAAUGGACUGCUUCCCGGUCGCAGAAUUCUCCCCAAAUUCUACGACAAUUGCCUCUCGAGGCAGAGAAAGACUAGUAUGUAGUGAGAGCCCGGAAACCUUUUCUCAGCUGAAGGAUUACAUCUGUGACCGCUGUAAUAAGCCAGGACAUUUGAUUCAGUAUUGUCCAACAAAUCUUGAUCCUCGUUACGACCAGGAGCCUGUUUCUGAAUAUCGAUGCAAGCAUUGUGGUCAGCAUGGUAAUCACAUUGCUGCGUUAUGUCCCAAAAACCCCUCAGAGACUUCCUUGGCAAAGCAGCGUGAAAGAGCCGCUAUGACAACCCGAGGACCACAAACACCAAACAAAACCGAUGGACGACGCUAUCUAUGCAAGGAGGCUUCAACAGGGCGCUGCCAGGAACGGUAUAGAUCUCGAAGUCCCCAGAAACCUUAUCGAGUGGAAUAUCGGUCUCGUAGUCCCGACCAUUAUCGACCUCGUCGCACGGGAACUGAUUGCAACAGCCGUCAGACUCUUGACGAAGAUAAGAGAAUAGAGUCACGGUUCAGUGAUAGCUCAGAUGUAUCUCCGUAUACAGCACGCGUACGUCCAACCCGAAAGUUCCCUGCGAGCCCAGAAAGUAGGGAGAAAGGGGAAUGUCCAUCUCGAUCAAAGGAUAACUCUUUCCGCUCGGAGCGUCGAGACGAUAUGCCUUCAUCUUCUUGCUGUACUCGUUCGCCUUUCCCAGAGAGAGCACAUAAAUGGAGCGUAGACUUAGGUCAAAUGACGCGAAGAAAUGACGAGGGAAGAUUAGCAUAUGAUGAUGAGGUUGACGUUCAUGUUGGAGCUAGAUCAUCACCAUCAUAUUCAACCACAACCAACUCUUCACAAUGCACUAUCUUGAUUGGCGGAGAUGGGAAAAAAGAAGCUACAUUGUUACUAUCCAAAGUAUCUUCGGAUGAAUCCAACAAGAUCAGAGAAGAAGCUGAAGAAUUUUUAAGCGCGCUAGCGGCUGACAUCAUGUCCAAAGGGGGGGAAGGGCAAGGCAUCCCUCAAUCAGUGGUAUUGAAUACUCAUGACACCAAGAUGGGGACCGAUUACAACCCACAUUGGGUGAUUGAGAAUGAUGGCAAUCACGAGUUCGAAAUUGCCACUGAAUCUAAAUUGUCAGUGACCUGUCCCCCAUUUAGUCCUGAGAUCGUGUCUCUCUUCAAGGCUCGGGAGAAUCCUAUCGUCAACUUCAGACUCAAUCGGAAAACUGCAAGUGAAAUGAUGAAGGAAUCCAAUGGAUUUUGAGCAGAUAGGAGCGAGCAAGCAGAUCAAUAGGGGAUGACCCCUCUCCCACUUCCAUUUCGCUCAAGUUAGGUAAGACCGGGGCAGAUUUUCUGGUGCUUCUUUCAGACGGACGGCAAGAGCUUGGCUUUCGAUAUGCAUAACUGGAUGUGUUUACAUAAGGAAUCACCGCUAUUCUGUGUCAAUAAUGAAAAGUAUUUGCGAGAGCUAAUCGUGGUGCCUAGCUCUGAGGAUCUCACCAAGCCUUACGCUUCGCUUUUCGUCACUUAAAAUUGGAGUUAUAGGACACAUUAUAUCCAGUUAGUCGGUAGCUCAAGGAAAGAUGACCAUUUUCACGUGGCUACCCUGGCUGCCGUAGG